CGUCGAAUUGCGUCGGCCUCGGGGUCUGGAGAAUCGAAGCGCUCAGCGACAUCGGAGAACAAGAAUUUCAAGAAGUCAAGCCUGGAUAAGGCAGGAGCGACGAUUCUUCGGCAGGAGUUGACAGAGAACGAGAACGACGAGUUCAUGCGUCUGGAGGCAGGUUCUCGAGGCUCGAUUUCAACGAUCUUUGACGUGACAUGCUCGUCGUUCUUGGAGGCCGAAGGCGAAGGGAGGAAAAGAGAGUGCGCCGUGUCAAUCGUGGCGCUGAACAGCUUUCGCGUUGGCGUUGGGUGGCAGUUUGAACCACGUGUUUGCGGUGCUGAGGCUCGGUGGCUCCGAUAGAACUUGAGUGGAUGUACUCGAAGAAGGCUGCACCAUGCAUGUGCUGCUUUUCGGCUUCGAGUGAGAUAGAUGUUGAUGACUAAUUCCGAAGUAAGAAUUGCUUCUACUCGAGAGGUCGAGACUUUCCUCGAGGCGGAAUUGGAGAGCUCUAUUGGCUAAGCCGGUAGAACUCAAGUCUCGUGGGGUUCGCACGUCAUAUAUGAGCAGCUUGCGGGGAGCAAUUUCGUGAGAAUUCCGGAAAGAGGAUCGGCAAGCGCAUACUGAAGUCUCGCCAUUAUUUCCGGGUUCAAAGAGAGACUUGAAAGACGGGAUAGAUGGUCUACAUGGCGACCUUCGAGGAGAUUCUAUCAAUCUGGCAAGCGAAGCCGAUGAAGUCAAAGAAGCCGAUCUCGGUUGUCUCGGAGAGCUCGAGGAAGCUCAGUCAAGAUGGAGUUUUCAUUCUGAAGACGACACUGCAGAUCGGGAUAGUCAUGUGCUUGAUUCUCGCGUGCUUCACCUUUUCUUACUUCAACGAUAGCGAAUUUAUUCCAUUUCUCGUUCGAUAUCAGCAGAAUGUUACGGUUCACCUUGGAACUCACUGGAAGCAGACCAACAUCAUCUCUUCGGAAGUCAGAGAACAAGCAAGGAACAAAGUAGACUGCCACUUGCAAUUGUUCUCUCGACAUACCGGGGAAUGCCGUGGCUUGCGUGUACAAGGAGCAAAGAGCAAAUCAGAAAUUGGCACUACCGCCAGUACCUUGAGGAUUGAGUCGUUAGCAGGUCAUUCAGUUCUUAAUAUUACUGUAGAGGAGAAUAUGGAAGGAGUUGAAUCAGGCAAGAAACAGCCUAUCAGUGAGCCUAAAGUUGUUACAAGCUUAUCUCACGACUGGGAUCACGUAAAGAGCUUGAGGACAAAGCGAGAAGGCAGCACGAAUGAAAACAGUUCACUCUGUGCUGGUUCCUGGGGAAUUGCGGUAAUGGGAGAGGGUCCGAACAAUGAUGCUUUCCGGUGCGAUCGUCAUGAUAAACGCUCCGAUGUGUGUUUCUUGCGUGGCGAUGUUCUGCUGCGCACAGGCAGUGUUAGUGAAUUAGUUCUACGUGUCUCCAGUUCCGAAACAUCAAAUUGCCACCAUGUGGAGAUAAUUCGACCAUACUCUCGCAAGUGGGAGCCUACAACUAUGGCGUCGAUAGAACCGGUGACACUAAGAAUUGAUGGGACUCCAAACGGUACUCAUGAACUAUCUUGCGAUUUGCACCAUUCAGUGCCAGCCGUCUUCUUCUCCACGGGUGGUUUUACUGGUAACCCUUAUCACGACUUCCAGGAUGUGCUCAUUCCCCUCUUCAUAACAUCACAGCAUCGAAAAGGAGAGGUUAUCUUUGUGGUCAGUGAUAUAAGGAAGUGGUGGAUUGAGAGAUGGAACAAUGUGCUGCAACAGCUCAGCAAUUAUCCGAUUAUCGAUACGAAGGAAGACAUGAGACAUCACUGCUUCCCUGAGGUAACCGUGGGUCUCCACGUUCACAAAGAGUUUGGUGUUGAUUCCGCACGGAUGCCAAACGGUGAAAGUAUGAAAGAAUUUCAACACGUUCUUCAUAAAGCACUUGGGAUUCCGAGGAUGGAAGCGGUUUCUGGAGUCGAAUUACUUCGAGCACGGACAAAUUCCACCCUUCUAAGUAGUAUGCUGAAAGAUCAGGACAACAGUACAAGGAAGUUAAAGUUAUUGAUUGUUGCAAGGACGGGCAGUCGUGUACUGGUAAACCAAAAGCAGAUUACCAAGCUGGCGAAGUCUCUGGGCUUUGAAACGAAGGUCUUGAGGCCGACGGACAGAGUCGAAGUUCCAGUAAUUUACAGCGAGUUUCAUAACAGCCACGUAGUCAUGGGAGUUCAUGGAGCCGCAUUGGCGCACAUGGUGUUCAUGAAAAGAAGAGCAGUUCUCAUCCAGAUAGUUCCAUUGGGGACCGACUGGCCCUCCGAUCACUACUAUGAACGGCCAGCGAAGGAACUGGAUCUUCAGUACAUCGAGUACAAAAUCCAACCCAACGAAAGCUCUCUGAGCAAGAAGUACGGAUCCGAUCAUCCUAUAGUUCGCAACCCAGAUCGUUUCACAUCCGAGGGUUGGGCAACCAUGAAGCAGAUAUACUUGUCCGAUCAGAAUGUCCGCGUGUCUUUAAAAAGGUUUCGCAAGACUCUGCUAGAGGCCAAGCAAAAAGCAUCUGUUUCUCCGUGAACGUUUGAGACUGGUAUGGUGGUACGUUUCAUGUAUAUUGGAUAGUUGAUACCUUCUACAAGGAAUGGUCACGUGCAAGGUGAUCAGUUCCAGCCAUAUAACUUGUUUGCUCGGCUCGAGUCCCCAGCUCGACAUACGACUUUGAAGACUCGAUGGUUCUGAUGCAUGCGUCAGAUGGUUGUUUCUCACAGAUGUUUCUUACUGAGGACCAGGAUGACUACAUUUUGAACAAUGCUGACACGUUUGGAUCAGCGAAGGUUAACAGAUUAUCGCACGGCCUUAGCCCUAACCUGUAGCGGGAACAGACCGCAGGGAACCAUAGCAUGGCGACUUCGCAAUUUGCAACUGGUUCCAAACGUGGAGCCUGAAAUGGUACAGAAACUUAGCGCUCGGCGUCACGAAAACUUGACAGGGCGGUGUACAUGAAAAUACCAGAAUGGAGGCACCAUAACAUACAGCAAUGUUUUCUUUGAAGAAAAUGGCCUUUACUCAGUGACUAUUCGGUCAUAUAUUGGACAGGGCUCUUUCUUGACAGCCAGUUAGAAUGAAUUUUUACAAGUUUCAGGACUUUGCCACUUUCUAUGCGCAAGCGAUCGAUCCCUGUGGAUGCGUUGCUAAGACAUAAGUAGUGGAGAACAUUUCUGCUUCUUGGCGAAGAUUUCAGAUGCAUAUUCCCCUCAUACGAGAAUGCUUCAUCAGCCAAUUUCAAGAACAGCUGAUAUGAAGCGAAGAUAGGGAGGGAAACAUCUCAGACUCACAGCACUAACAGCACUACUCUGUGUUGGGGCAUUCAGCUCGUCUUUCACUGACUUCCGAAGAAAAAGACAUGUUACAGUUGCAGGCAAGCGAAUGGACUUUAGGAGGCCAAAAAUUUUCCGGCGAUCUCUAGUCUUUAAAUUUCUCAAGGUGUCCAAAUACUACGCACAUG